AUACCCAUGAAGAAACGAUGCUGUUUUCUAUUAUGGAAAAUCCAGCAACGUCUCUCUUGCCUCAACGGGAAGAACACAACGAUGUCCUGGCAAACACUUCAUUUUACAGCGAUUUUGACACAUGCUUAUUUAUAAUUUAUAUAUAAUAAUCCCCCUCCAAUUGAUGAAUUCAAUUUUCACAGGCUGGAGAUCACACUCUAUACUACAAGAAUUUUCACCCUGUAUUUUCGUAUAAAUCUUGAUCAACUGGCGCUCAUAUUAUCAAGGACUCAAGUCCCAUUUUCUCGAACGGGUAGAAGUAGUGCAUUGAUGUUGAGUUCUUACAGGAAAAUUAUUGGUGCAGAUUCUUGAUGUUUCUGCAGAUGGCUGUUUCUUGAUCAGACGGGUUUCUUGUGUUUCUUCCUUAGUUCUUGAUGAGAAUGAAAAAACCCGUGCCAUGAAGUGCAUUGCCGUCAAACGGUUGGCACAUGUUCUUGAUGUUUGUGCUGACGCCUGUUUCUUAAUCAAAGGGGUUUUUUGCCCUUGUUCUUGACGAGAAUGAAAAAACCCGUAUCCUAAAGUGCAUUGGUAUGAGUUCUUGAGGGCAAAUCAUUGACACAUGUUCUUGAUGUUCCUGCCGAAGCAUAUUUCUUGAUCAAACGGGUUACUUUUAUUUCCUCAGUUCUUGAUGAGAAUAAAAGAAGCCGUGUCCUAAAUUUGGAGAAGACAUGAUAUUGAAUUGUAGAAAGUGGCAACAAUGAGAAGUAUCUUGAGUGGGCUCCUGUUGCCAUUGCUGCUUUUGACAGCUGGGUUAGUGAACUGGAGUUUGAUUUCUCUCAUCAACUUGCUGACUUCUCUUCUUUUCCGGUUUACUGCCCCAAAAAAAGAAUUUCGAUUCAGAAGAAGAAAUCUAUCUUUGUGGUUUGUUUUCAUAUACUCUUCAUUUGUGAUACUUCUGCAAGUGCUUUUUCUUUCUAUAUGCGCUUCUCUGGAUCCGCAGUGGAGCAUUGCAGAUGCCUGGUGGAUAAAACUACUUGGACUUAUCAAGGGCCCCUCCUGGACGUCUCCCAGAGUUAUCUACUUCCUGGUUAUAGAAUUAUUAGUUGUACUUAUUGCUCUCACUGAGAUCAAGAAGGACAAAUUUGGCUUUGUAGAAUUUCAAGGUUCUUUCUGGCGUUCUGAAGAUUCUUUCUGGGUGUACUUGUCUUCAAUUGCUAAACAUAUAGGCUAUCGUCUUAGGUUCGCUUCCUGCUUGUUGCUGCCUGCAGUUCAGUUGGUUUCAGGGAUCAGCAAUCCUUCUUGGCUAUCUUUACCAUUUUUUGUUUGCAGCUGUGUUGGUCUUGUUGAUUGGUCUUUAACAAGCAACUUCUUAGGUCUUUUCAGGUGGUGGAAGCCGCUCUGGGCUUACGCUGGCUUUAGCAUUUGCUUACUUUAUGUGUAUCAGCUUCCUGUUGGGUUUCCGCAUAGCUUUCAAGCAAUUUCUAACUCAAUCGGUCUAUACAAAGUAUCCAUUGAUUCUGAUUGGCAACAAAUUUGUUCAGGCACUUCCCUGAUGGUGUUCUACUAUAUGCUGUCAUGUGUGAAACAUGAUUUAGAAGACAUGGAAUUCAUCAUGUCACUGAGAGAAGGCAACUUGACUGAGCAACUUCUUCCUUCAAGAAGUUCCUUUUUUGUUCACCAGCUGAGGUCUGGUGUAAGGCAUACCAACAUUUUAUUAAGGGGACCAGUUUUCAGGAUCUUUAGUAUCAACUGGUUUACAUAUGGCUUCCCGAUAUCCCUGUUCGCUCUUUCAUACUGGAGCUUCCACUUUGCAAGUAUUUGUGCAUUUGGAUUACUUGCAUAUGUCGGCUAUAUUCUGUAUGCUUUUCCAUCUUUGUUCCGUUUGCAUCGGUUGAACGGCUUGCUUCUUGUCUUCAUUCUCUUGUGGGCUGUGAGCACCUAUGUUUUCAAUGUGGCUUUUGCAUACACGAAGUUGAAAGCUGGAAAGGAUAUGGAGAUCUGGGAGAUGGUUGGAUUAUGGCACUAUCCUAUACCUGGUUUCUUCCUUCUAGCACAGUUCUGUCUUGGGAUUCUUGUAGCUCUUGGGAACCUUGUAAACAACUCAGUAUUUCUAUGCCUAUCAAAUGAGGAAAGGCGGUUAUCUACUGAGAAUGAGACUGAGGAAGUAAAAGAAGAUGCCAAAGUCUUAAUAGUGGCUACAAUUGCUUGGGGUCUGCGCAAGUGUUCUCGGGCUAUUAUGCUUUUGCUGAUUUUCCUAAUUGCUACGAAACCUGGUUUCAUCCACGCUGCUUAUAUGAUAUUCUUCUUUGCAUAUCUUUUGAGCCAUAAGGUGAAUAAAAGGAUGCGCCAAUCUCUUAUUCUUCUUUGCGAGGCUCAUUUCGCAAUUUUGUAUAUUCUUCAGCUGAAUCUGGUCUCCAGAAAACUGGAACAAAAAGGUUCUACUAGUUUGGACGUGCUAUCACAGUUAGGUCUCCUUGAAAGUGAUAGUUCGUUGGACUUCCUGGAAAUAGCUAUACUUGCAUGCUUUUGUGCCAUUUAUAACCAUGGAUUUGAAAUGUUGUUCUCAUUUUCUGCGAUUGUUCAGCACACAGCCUGUCCUCCAAUUGGAUUUAGCAUCCUGAGAGCUGGUCUAAGCAAAUCAGUUCUUUUGUCAGUUUAUGCCACCUCCAACAUCAGAGACAAUUCUGCAAGUUGCUCUCAUGAAAGAAGGGUAGCAUUGUAUCUGAAUGCAAUUGGGAAGAAGGUCUUGUCUACAUAUAGAUCAUUUGGAACCUAUAUUGCGUUUCUCACCAUUCUUAUUGCAGUCUACCUUGUCAGACCCAAUUACAUAUCAUUUGGUUACAUUUUCCUUCUCCUUGUCUGGAUCAUUGGAAGACAGCUUGUUGAGAAGACAAAACGGCGUCUAUGGUUUCCACUCAAAGUAUAUGCAAUUGCCGUUUUUGUCUUCAUUUACAUCCUAAGCAUUUUCCCCACUUUCGAGACAUGGAUGUCCUCAAAGUUCGAUCUUCUUGUUAGCUUUGGCUAUAAUAUGGAAGCUUCUUUGUCUGAAAAUCUUUCGGAGUCUUUAGCAAUCAUGAUUGUCAUGCAACUUUAUAGCUAUGAGAGAAGACAAAGUGAACACUUGAAAUCGCAAGAUCCCGAUCCAUUGCAGUUGGGAAUAUCAGGGUUCACCAAACGAUUUUUGAUCUGGCACAGCCAAAAGAUUUUUUUUGUUGCGCUGUUUUACGCAUCAUUAUCUCCAAUAAGUGCAUUUGGUUUAUUUUAUCUUCUAGGUCUGGUCUUCUGUUCAGCAUUGCCUAAAGCGUCCAGAACCCCGUCAACAUCAUUCUUAAUUUACACAGGAUUGCUGGUGACAGCUGAAUACCUAUUUCAGAUGUGGGGUAAACAGGCUAAAAUGUUUCCUGGUCAAAAGCACCAUGAAUGGUCUCUUUUCCUGGGUCUACAGGCUUAUAGACCGAGUUUUGAGGGACUAGAAGCAGGCUUGAGGCCAAAAGUGCUGGUGAUUGUUGCAUGUACUCUUCAGUACAAUGUUUUCCGCUGGUUGAAAAUGAUCCCUAGUUCUCUGUUGAAUGUAGAUGGAUCAGAGGAGCCUUGUCCUUUAUUUGUUUCAGCAGAAGAUCUCUCUCACCUUGUUUCAAUUUCUGAUCAGGAUAACCCGUCAUUAUCUGGAUCUAGGGAACUGUCUUCACAAAUGAUGGAACAAAGUUAUUCAUGGUCAUCUUUCAGGCCUCAUAUUUAUCAACAAUCUGAGGGUUCGUCGUCCCACAAAGGUGCUUGUGAUGGCAGCAACAGAAAAUAUGAUUAUAUCUGGGGAACAAUGACUGAAAGUUACAAGUGGAAGAAGAAACGGAUUGUUGCCUUGAGACAGGAGAGAUUUGAAAUGCAGAAGACAACGCUAAGAGUUUAUUUGAAGUUUUGGACGGAAAACAUGUUCAACCUCUUUGGCCUUGAGAUCAAUAUGAUAGCACUACUGCUUGCCAGUUUUGCUUUGUUAAAUGCGAUUUCUAUGGUCUAUAUUGCAUGUCUUGCCACUUGCAUUCUCCUGCCACGCCCUAUCAUACGUAAACUCUGGCCGAUAUUUGCCUUUCUGUUUGCUACUGUUCUUCUGGCUGAAUACUUUGCAAUGUGGAAGAGCAUGAUGCCUUUGAAUCGACAACUUGCCACUGAGAGCAAUGCACGCUGCAAUGAUUGCUGGAAAAACUCAAAUAUAUAUUUCUACUACUGUGAAAAAUGUUGGCUGGGUCUUAUAGUUGAUGAUCCUCGCAUGCUAAUCAGUUAUUAUGUGGUCUUCAUGCUUACAUGUCUCAAACUCCGUGCGGAUCAUGCAUCUGGUUUUUCAUGGUCAUUUACGUAUGAGCAGAUGGUUUCUCAGCGUAAAAAUGCUUUUGUUUGGCGAGAUCUCUCAUUUGAAACCAAAAGCAUGUGGACAUUUCUUGAUUAUUUGAGGGUUUACUGCUAUUGUCAUCUAUUGGAUCUAGUACUUGCUUUGAUUUUGAUAACGGGUACCUUGGAGUAUGACAUUUUGCAUUUUGGAUACCUGGGUUUUGCUCUUAUUUUCUUCCGAAUGAGGCUUACCAUACUGAAGAAGAAGAAUAAGAUCUUCAAGUAUUUGCGCAUUUACAAUUUUGCUGUAAUUGUUCUCUCUCUGGCCUACCAAUCCCCAUUUUUUGGUGAUUUUAGCUCUGGGAAGUGUGAAACAGUUGAUUACAUUUAUGAGGUGAUAGGAUUUUAUAAGUAUGAUUAUGGGUUUAGGAUUACCUCGAGAUCUGUUCUGGUAGAAAUGAUCAUUUUUGUUUUGGUAUCAUGUCAGUCAUAUAUGUUUUCUUCCUCGGAGUUCAAUUAUGUAUUUCGAUAUCUUGAAGCGGAACAAAUUGGUGCAAUUGUACAGGAGCAAGAGAAAAAGGCUGCUUGGAAGACUGAACAGUUGCAGCACAUACGCAAAUCUGAGGAGAAUAAAUGUCAGCGUAACUUGCAAGUGGAAAAAAUGAAAUCUGAGAUGCUCAACCUUCAAAUUCAGCUACAUGGUAUGAAUUCCACUACAGCCUAUGGCAAUGAAUCACCCACUAAUGGAGGUGUGAGGAGGAGGAAGAAAGCUUCACUUACUAUGCAAGACUUUGGUAACUUUGAGAAACGGGAUGGCAGUAUCGAUUCUGAUCAAUGUUUCUCAUUAAAUAUGAACGAAUAUCCCAGUAGCGUAAGAGGGGAAGGUCCCUUUGUUGUAGACUUUACAAAGCACUUAAUGGAAGCUUCUUUUGGUGAGAUAACUGAACUUGAGGAGUAUGCUGGUGACAAUGCUGUUAAUGAUUUGGACAAAUCAAAGAAAGGUAAAAGCCAAUCAAUAGAAAACUCUUUAGCUUCUGCUGUUCAGCUACUAGGUGAUGGUGUUUCCCAAGUACAGUCAAUUGGAAAUCAGGCAGUUAGCGAUCUUGUUAGCUUUCUGAAUAUUGCAUCUGAAGACUCUGAUUCCAAUGAGCCCUCAUCUUCAGAAGUUUUAAAUGACAGAGGAAGCACAGAUAUUAAACAAAAAAAUUUCAAUCGUUCUUCCUCGGUGCAGUCUGAGAAGAGUAGAACUUCUGAUUCUGCCAGUCUGCAGAUUGGACGGAUAGUCUGUUAUAUAUGGUCCCAGAUGAGAUCGAAUAACGAUGUAGUGUGUUACUGUUGUUUUAUCAUUGUUUUUCUCUGGAAUUUCAGUUUGCUUUCCAUGGUUUACUUGGCGGCUUUAUUCCUAUAUGCUCUAUGUGUGAAUACUGGGCCAAAUUACGUCUUCUGGAUUGUCAUGCUUAUCUAUACAGAAUUUAAUGUUUUGAUUCAGUAUUUGUACCAAAUAAUGAUCCAACAUUGUGGUUUCAGCAUCCAGUCUGGCCUUCUGCGAGAGUUGGGGUUUCCUACAGAAAGGAUAACCUCAUCAUUUGUUAUCAGUUUGCUACCUCUAUUUUUGGUGUAUUUAUUUACUCUGAUACAGUGCUCUAUAACUGCAAAAGACGGAGAAUGGUAUUCGGUUGGGUUCAAUAAUUGUAAAGGGGGAUUUAUGAACUGCAAGGAGCUUCAAUCUGGUUCCAGCUGGAGUGAGAAAGCAAAGAAGGUUUUCAAUUUAAUGGAACAAAUGGUUGAAAUGGUAGUGUGUAGCUGUUCUAAGCACUGGAAAUCUCUAACACAAGAAGCAGAAUCUCCUCCGUACUUUGUUCAAUUGUCCAUGGAUGUCAAACUAUGGCCUAAGGAUGGGAUUCAACCAGAGAGGAUAGAAUCUGGAAUAAAUCAGCUUCUGCAGCUUGUGCAUGAUGAAAACUGUAAGAAUGAAAAGCCUAAUAAUUGCCCUUGUGCCAGUAAGGUUCAAAUUCAAAGCAUUGAGAAGAAUUCUGAAAAUGCAAAUGUGGCCUUGGUUGUUUUUGAGGUGGUGUAUGCCUCGCCAUCGGCCGAAUGUGAACCAGCAGAACAAUAUAACUCUCUUACUCCAGCAGCUGAUGUAGCGAAGGAGAUCCUUAAAGCAAGAUCCAUGGGACUUGCUGAAAAAGUUGGAUUUCCAUACCCUAUAGUCUCAGUGAUUGGAGGUGGUAAAAGAGAAAUUGAUCUUUAUGCCUAUGUCUUUGGGGCUGAUUUGGCCGUUUUCUUUCUUGUGGCCAUAUUCUAUCAAUCUGUUAUAAAAAAUAAAAGUGAAUUUCUUGAAUAUUAUCAGCUUGAGGAUCAAUUCCCAAAAGAGUUUGUAUUUAUUCUAAUGAUAAUCUUCUUUUUGAUGAUUGUCGAUCGUAUCAUAUACUUGUGUUCAUUUGUGACUGGAAAGGUUAUCUUCUACCUUUUCAACCUCAUACUGUCCACAUAUGCUGUCACUGAUUAUGCUUGGAACAUGGAUGGUUCCCAGCAGAAUGCUGCUGGAUUUGCCCUUCGAGCUAUAUAUCUUACUAAAGCAGUUUCUCUGGCACUACAAGCAAUGCAAAUUCGACAUGGUAUACCUAACAAAAGCACAUUGUAUCGCCAGUUCCUCACCAGCGAUGUUUCUCGUGUUAACUAUCUAGGAUACAGGCUGUAUCGUGCUUUGCCUUUUCUAUACGAAUUGAGAUGCGUCCUUGAUUGGUCGUGUACAACUACAUCUUUGACAAUGUAUGACUGGCUGAAGUUGGAGGACAUAAAUGCAAGCUUGUACCUCGUUAAGUGCGACAAUGUUCUGAAUAGAGCUACUCAUAAACAAGGAGAGAAGCAGACAAAGAUGACUAAGUUUUGUAAUGGCAUCUGUCUGUUCUUUAUAUUAAUCUGUGUUAUUUGGGCUCCGAUGAUGAUGUACAGCAGCGGUAAUCCAACAAACAUAGCAAAUCCGAUCAAUGAUGCCAGUUUUCAGCUUGACAUCAAGACAGCCGGUGGAAGGCUGACCUUGUACUACACAACUCUCUGCGAAAGGCUUGCAUGGGAUCAAGUCGAUUCAAGUGUUGAUCUUGAUCCCCAGCAUUAUUUGGAUUCCUAUAAUGUGAACGACAUUCAGCUGAUUUGUUGCCAAACUGACGCAAGUACCCUUUGGCUUGUCCCGAACAUGGUUCAGAAGCAGUUUACUAUGUCACUUAACAGUAGUGACAUGGAAAUAAAAUUUUCUUGGGUUCUUACAAGGGACCGGCCAAAAGGCAAGGAGACUGUCAAAUUUGAAAGAAGUGUUGAUCCAUUAGAUCUUCCAAAUUCAUCAGAAGUUGAGGGGGUUCUGAAUGGUUCCUUCAGCAGCUUUAGGACUUUCAACAUUUAUCCAAGAUUUUUCCGGGUCACUGGUUCUGGAGAAGUUAGACCAUUUGCAAUGGAGGUAAAUGAUGUCAGUGCGGAUCUUGUCUUACAUCACGAGAGUUCCGAGUGGUGGUCGUUCCAUGAUAUCAAUUCUUUGGAUGCAUUUGGUUGUAGAGGUUUGUCGGGGCCCAUGGCUGUCAUUGUAUCAGAGGAAACCCCACAGGGAUUUCUAGGUGAGACUCUCAGCAAAUUCAGCAUCUGGGGUCUCUACAUCACAUUUGUACUAGCAGUUGGCCGGUUUAUCAGACUGCAAUGCUCUGACUUGCGGAUGCGGAUACCGUACGAGAAUCUUCCCUUAUGCGACAGGCUGAUAGCCAUCUGUGAGGAUAUAUACGCAGCGAGAGCAGAAGGUGAACUUGGAGUGGAAGAGGUUCUUUACUGGACACUGGUGAAGAUUUACCGGUCACCACAUAUGUUGCUCGAGUAUACCAACCCCGACUAAUUCUUGCCGAUCAACAGCAGUAGCCCUUUUUGUACCUUGACAUGACAAAAUGCUGACCAUAGGAUCAAUCGACUAACUUCCUGUUAGAAGGUGAGCUUCCCAUGUCUUUGGAGUCAUGGGCAUUGGGCAUGUAAUAUAUGGAUGCAGAGGCUACUAUACAUGAUACAGCCUUCCUUAUUCUAGUGAAACCUGACAAGUCUGUUAUUUGUAUAGCCUCAUUCUUUUCCAUAUAUCUUAUCUUCUGACAGUAAAUAUAUAUGUACCAAAAGGUGAAUGCAAGAAUAGCUUCUUUCUUUUUCUUUUUUGUUUUCAUUGCAUUUUUGCAGGGCUUCUUUCAGCAUCUACUUUUCACCUCAGACAAGUCCACUUUUUGUGUCGCGACUAUUCGAGUAAUCGACGGCACUUGCAAGGAACGUGCAAUUUUUAACCUUUCUUUACAAGUGUAAUGCUUGGCUUCAAUCAACAUUUUGUAGGAGUGAAGUGUGUAAUAAACCUUGUUCUCAGACAUUGAGC